AUGGAGGAGAGGGAAGAAAGACAAGAGCCUGCAACAGGUUCGCACUUUGUGGGCAAGAAGGAGGACCUGAUAAAAGCCAAGUGGUCGUUCAGGACCGUGGAGGGCCGGGACAUACUUGUGCUCUAUCACCAGGAGAUAUUCUACGCUCUGGACUUCCACUGCUACCAUGCUGGAGGACCAUUGCAAAAUUGAGACAUAGAGGAAUUUGACGGCAAACUGUGCAUUGUGUGUCCAAAGCGCAAGUUCAAGAUCUCUCUCGCCGAGGGGGAGAGCAUCUAUAGGGCCACCAACCCCUAUGACCCUGUGCCGACACCAAGGUGGUACUCCAAGGGCAUCAAGCAAAGAAUCCACAUGGUGACCGAUACCGAUGGGGGUGUCUAUGUCACACUGUCCCACGUGUCCCGUUUUAUCGAGUCUGCCCUUCUCUCCCUGGAAGUAAUCAAAGUAGAGAGAGAGAGAAUGGAGGCCGAAGAUGCCGCUAAGAAAUCUAAGGCCACAACCUCCUGA